CAUUCCAAAAAAUUAACCGUCAAUCGUCAAAUGAACUAAGUUUUAACGUCAACCUGACGUCAACGUGAUCCCCUCGCCCCAUUGAGACCCUCCGGUAACGUCUGCUCGUCUCUUAAAUACAAGUUUGAUCGACAGCUACAAUUUCCACCAAUCAAGAGAAAUGAUCCGUUUCUGUCCACUCACCGGUGUCAAGUCCUUUAUAGGAAAAUCACUGACACUGCCAAUUUUCUUUAUUUUGGACCUUGGACCGCACUGGUAUUUUGCUUUCAACAGCUUUUUACUUAUUGUGUUCAAUUAGGACGCUCCUCUCGCCACUAUUUUUUUAAACUCUGAAUGCGACAACAUACGAGAUGGCUGAGCAAGGUAACGAAAGAAACGGACAACACCAAACAGAAAGCGGCUCAAAUGUUUGCACAGAUUUUCUUGAUGCAGUUUCGAGGGGCACAAAGGAAGACGUGGAGCAAUUUAUACAGCCAGCGAGUUCAGACGAGCGAAGGGAUAGUCGAGAUGAAGAUCCAACACGUGUGUCUUACAAGCAACAACUUAUGAAAGCCCUUGAAAACGAGGAUGCCGUCACAGUUUGGAAACUAAUAGCAAGGGCCAAAGAGUCGGAUCUCAAAACGCUAGAAAAGUUAAACAAAACUUGUGAAACUGUCGCAGAACACGAAAGGCUGAAAGAGAAAGGACUGAUCAAAUACUUUUGGGAGAAGUUACGCGGCCAAAUCCGAUCUGCAAGCGAACGCGAUACUCACGCUUGUAUUUUUCGUGAAAGCAGGCCGGCGCAAACUGAACUUCAACACGAAGAAGAACAGGAGUGGAUAAGGAUACUUUCUGAUCCACUCUACAUUGGCCUAGAAUGGCUAUGGAGAAAUAAUUUACAGCUGACGGGCACCGCUAUCCAACAACCGGAGAGGAGAGAAAGUAAACUUGGAGACAUCGUUCAAGCUGCUUUAGAUGAUGCCUACCUGCUGGAAAAAAUUGCUCGGUACGAGCAUCAUUACAGUCGAGACGAGUACUAUAAGCGGGCAUUGGAGUGUGAGAAAUUUGCGGCUGACGUUGUUGAAGGAAGUAACUUCCGGCAACUUCGGGAGGUAAUGGAUAUCGACGGAAACGGCUGUUUGAUGGAGAAGAAACCUAAGAACUUUAAUCAGAGCCUGAGUCUUCUCAAGUUUGCUGCCGACAAAAACAGAAAGAUGUUUGUGGCGAACCCAAAAUGCCAAUGGGUUCUUAACGAGAUUAUAUAUUAUAAAUGGCCUGACUGGCGGAAUAAAAGCAGAUGGACCAAAGUGGUGUGGUUCUUCUUUCAACUACUGCUUGUGGCAGUAUCUAGCGUCUUUUACAUUCCGAUACGAUUGGUUCGUAAAUUUUAUCGUUGCUGUCAAGACGAUGGGAUUUGGGAAUUCAGAGAGCUUUAUGAACACCCCUAUUCCAAGUUCAUCAACCACACGAUGUGGUACCUGGUGUUUCUUUGGAUGAUAUUCCUGACCUCCUUCGAUAGCAAGUUUGGAACCACAGUGACUGGGCUGAUAUGGUGUGACUACGUGGUGCUUUCGUUUGUACUUGGCUUACUUCUGCAGGAAUGUCGCGAAGCUUGGAGACAAGGAAUUUAUAUUUAUAUGUCAAAGUGGUGGAAUGUCGUAGACACGCUGAUCAUCUUCACUUUUCUGGCGUCCUCGACUGUGUGGCUGCUCUCCUAUUGGUACUUUGGAAAAUGGAAACCAAGAGAAGCAUUUGUUUUAGCUGAUGUGUUGUACGCAAGCGCUUCCGUAAUGGCAUAUUUCCACCUGACGCAUAUAUUUCAAGUUGAUUCAGUACUUGGCCCUCUACAGCUUUCCCUUUACAAAAUGCUCAAGGAUGUGCAAAGAUUCCUCUUUAUCUUCCUUGUGCUGUAUUUUUCGUUUGCUAAUGGCGUUGUAAAAGUCUACUCUUACUACGUCAUCUCUCAAUUUGAACUGAGGAAAAAUUGGAACCACACCGAGUAUGAGGAAUCCCAUUCCUACGCAGAUCACAAAACGGCGUUUAUAGCGUUAUUCUGGUUGCUGCUUGGCCUCGUAGAGGAAGACAAAAUCGAUGUAAAAGACCCUGCCUUUACUCUCACCGCCACAUUUGGUCGUCUUUUCCUGAUGGCUUACGUGGUUUGCACUGUAAUAGUAGCUUUGAACAUGCUGAUUGCCAUGAUGAACAAUUCUUUUGAGAGGAUCAUGAAAAACUCAGAUAUUGAGUGGAAAUACUCGAGAUCCCGCAUGUGGCUGGAAUGGAUUGACAAAGGCAACACGAUGCCGGCACCCAUAAACAUAGUCUAUUACACUUUUUAUUUGAUUGCUCUAUCAAUUGACAAAGUGGUUGGGAAAUUCAAAGAAAAAUGCCGUUGCUGUCAUGGUAAUGGAGAACCAGACGAAGAACAGGCGCAAAGAGAGGAACCAGACGAAGAACAGGCGCAAAGAGAGAGACGAAAAGAAACGAUUAAGAAACUGGUGGUGAAAUAUUUAAGGGAUCCCUACAUUGAAAGAUGCGAGGAAGACAACUCAGUUAGAGACCACACAGCGGAUGAGGAGAGAAGGACUGAAAGAGAAGGAGAGUGCUCCCAGUCCACUGAAGAUAACAUCAAGUUACUUAAACGAUUAGUUGAUCGUCAGACAAAGGAGCUUGCCAAACUUAAUAAGAUGAUGGACACAUUAGUGAAGUGAUAAUGGCGCUAACUGUUGCCCUUCUGAACAUUUCGUCACUACUUUUCAAAGUGCGUCGUCUCAGAAAAUGAGACUAAGGGCACUUUGAACCAAUCUCAUGCCAGUCCCUCCACAAAAACAAAAUGAUAAAAAAUUAAGAUAAACAAAGAGUCAUGCAAUGUUAACCAGAAUCCAUGGAACAAAGAUUAGAGGCCUUACCUCCAUUUAAUUCACGGUUACAGUGAAGGGAACAAGACAUAAAUGAAGGUAGAGUACAAAAAAAACAAAACAAAACAAAACACAGACUUCAUUAACUACAUGUGUAUGAUGAGCGGCAAAAUUAGAAGGUAGAAAUACUAGGAAAAGUAUUCUUUCAACAUAACGAUUUACUGAGAUUAAUGAGACCGGUCUUCAAAUAAAAAUAUUAGGUUUGUAGCCAGACAUGUUAAAUUUUUUUGGGUAAAAAGAAUUGAAAAGUUGGCACUGGCUAAAACUAUAUGGUUCAGGAUGUUUCAGUUACUACUGUUGCCUUCUUCAACAAGAUGAAAAAUGCACGUAUCUAACGGCGUCCGGUUCCGUAUAUGUACAUGAUGUGUGACAAAACUAAAUCUCGAAGGAAUUUUUUAAGUGUAACAAUUGUCUUUAGUGUUUAAAUCGUUGACAGAUCAUUGGCGCGGCAACGUAGAAUAGCUAAUUCUUGAAGCUUGGCAUUCCGUGCGAGAUGGAAACGCUAUACAUAAACGAACACAUAGCAUCACCAAAAAUAUAAAAUAACUUCAAGAAUUUUUAGAGCCAUUAAGAAUAGUUCAGAGACUCAAGACUUCAGCACAGUUUUUCCCGAUACGGACCUCUCGGCUGGUGGAUAACAUAUAUACAUUGACUGCGCUUGAGGCAAUAGUUGUUAAAUCGUAACAAUCUAAGGCAUAUUUCUUUCUUUAUAGCAUCUAUACAUUGACUGCGCUUGAGGCAAUAGUUGUUAAAUAGUAACAAUCUAAGGCAUAUUUCUUUCUUUAACGAAUGAACCUCAAUGAAUAUGUAGAUAAAUGGAGGAAUACAAAGUUUCAUAAUAAACCUUCAUUGCAAAAUUAUUUACGUAUUGGGCCCUGAACAUGCAAUUUUUUUAACAAAGUAAUUGUUUGUACAAGGUUCAUCAAUUUUACCACUGGCAAAAGUGCAUACCGGCAUGUAGAUAACUUUAUGGUAAGUAAGAGCGUGCGAUCACGAGUUGUGAAGAAUAAAACUAACGUGCGAGUUCCCUUGUUUACAAAGAGUAAAUACAAUACGAGCGAACUAACCAUGAAGUAAUUUGUUUACUGGUAUUUCAUAUGUACUGCUCAGAGAUUAGAACAAGAUAUUAAAAUUUGAUCGUGAAUUGCGUCUACACACCAAAGCAAGAUGCUAAAGGGAUGCACUUUUAUAUUAAAGCUUAUUCAAGAAAUGUAUUAAACAGUUUUUAUCUAAAAUGAUAUAAAAAAAGCGCGGACUGGAAAUUUCUCAGAUGAAAACUGUUGGAAGUUCAGAUAAAAGCCGUGGACAGUUAUUAACUUCAUUUUGUAAUUGCUGUUUUGUGAACGCGAAUCACAAA